GAGCAGUAGGAAUUCAUUCCCUCCCCAAUGCUCUCGCCUUUUCACGGCUGAGGAAAUGAAAAAGCGACAGCGAGGGAACUCAAAAAGUAGUGUGUAGUUAGAGCUCUUGAUAGAAGAAUUUCGCGACGAUAAUCUCUUAAACCCUUUGCUGUUUCUCAGUCCUUCAACCAAAUUCACGCCGUUUUAUAGUCUCUCCGUCAGCUUUUACGAUCAAUAUCAAACUCCCCCUCCCUUCAAUUCCAAUCUCAGACUUUGCGAAGCACCGGUUUCUAAGAGAAGAAUUGAGGAAGCGUUUGCGCCGAAACCCUAGAGGCUCUGGCAAUACGAAAUUGAUUCCUAGUCGUUGAAUUUCUCGAUACAGCGAAGCUAGGGUUUUCGUUGUAUAUGUUCCGCCACAAUGAGUCCUAUUCAGAAUUUCGAGCUGCACUCCCAGAAUCUCGUCGAGCCCGAUAUUUCAAUUCAGCAAAGGCUUCAGAUGGCAAUGGAUGUUCGGGACAGUCUCGAAAUUGCUCACACGGCCGAGUACUUGAACUUUCUGAAAUGCUACUUCCGGGCGUUCUCGAUUAUACUUUUACAGAUUACGAAGCCACAGUUCAUCGACAAUCCCGAGCACAAGCUCCGGAACAUCGUGGUGGAGAUCCUCAAUCGCCUUCCUCACAGCGAGGUCCUCCGCCCCUUCGUGCAGGAGCUCUUGAAGGUCGCCAUGCAGGUGCUCACCACCGACAACGAAGAGAACGGCUUGAUUUGUAUCCGUAUAAUCUUCGACCUCCUCAGGAACUUCAGACCGACUUUGGAGCAUGAGGUCCAGCCGUUUCUGGACUUCGUCUGCAAAAUUUACCAGAACUUUAAGCUGACUGUUAGCCAUUUCUUCGAAAGUGGGGUGGCGGGUGGGGAAGAUGUUAAGCCAAUGGAUACGUCUUCGUCUUCGGAUCAGGCUUUGAGUACUAUGGGGGGCUCUGCUGGGACGGCGCAGCUUAACCCGAGUACGCGCUCGUUCAAAAUAGUUACAGAAAGUCCGUUGGUGGUCAUGUUUCUGUUCCAAUUAUAUGGUCGGCUUGUUCAGACAAAUAUUCCGCACUUGUUGCCAUUGAUGGUUGCUGCUAUAUCAGUUCCCGGUCCGGAAAAGGUUCCUGCCCAUCUGAAGACCCACUUCAUUGAGCUGAAGGGAGCACAGGUUAAGACAGUUUCUUUUUUAACAUAUCUGUUGAAGAGCUCCGCUGACUAUAUCAGGCCACAUGAAGAAAGCAUAUGCAAAAGCAUUGUCAAUUUGCUUGUUACUUGUUCAGAUUCCGUAUCCAUUAGAAAGGAAUUGUUGGUAGCCUUAAAACAUGUUCUUGGAACCGAUUUCAAGAGGGGUUUAUUUCCUUUGAUUGACACGCUAUUGGAAGAGAGGGUUCUAGUUGGUGCUGGUCGGGCAUGCUUUGAGACAUUGAGACCAUUGGCUUAUAGUUUGCUGGCAGAGAUUGUCCAUCAUGUUCGGGGGGACCUUUCCUUGUCUCAGCUCUCACGGAUCAUUUAUUUGUUCUCAAGUAACAUGCAUGAUGCCUCAUUGUCGCUCAGCAUUCAUACUACCUGUGCUAGGUUGAUGUUGAAUCUGGUGGAGCCAAUAUUUGAAAAAGGUGUUGACCAACCAUCUAUGGAUGAAGCACGGAUUCUAUUGGGGCGUAUUUUAGAUGCUUUUGUUGGGAAAUUCAGUACUUUCAAGCGUACCAUUCCACAGCUGUUGGAGGAGGGUGAGGAGGGAAAGGAUCGGGCUACCUUGAGGUCAAAGCUUGAACUCCCCGUGCAGGCAGUUUUGAGUGUGCAGGUCCCUGUGGAACAUUCAAAGGAAGUUAGUGAUUGUAAGAAUCUGAUAAAGACGUUGGUCAUGGGAAUGAAGACUAUCAUAUGGAGCAUCACGCAUGCACAUUUGCCACGAUCACAAGUUUCUCCUUCCACACAUGGAAAUCAUCCACAGGUGCUUGUUUCACCAGCAUCCAAUUUAUCUGUACCUCAAGCAUUUAAAGGGUUGAGAGAAGAUGAGGUGUGGAAAGCUUCUGGUGUUUUAAAGAGUGGUGUGCAUUGCCUAGCUCUCUUCAAAGAGAAGGAUGAGGAGAGGGAAAUGCUUCAUCUCUUUUCUCAGAUUUUAGCUAUCAUGGAACCUCGAGAUCUUAUGGACAUGUUCUCAUUGUGCAUGCCAGAGCUUUUUGAGUGCAUGAUUUGCAACACUCAACUUGUCCAUAUAUUUUCUACGCUUUUGCAAGCCCCUAAAGUAUACCGACCAUUUGCUGAUGUUUUGGUCAAUUUCCUCGUAAGCAGCAAACUUGAUGUGUUGAAGCAUCCAGAUUCACCUGCAGCAAAACUGGUUUUGCAUCUGUUUCGAUUUAUAUUUGGUGCUGUUGCCAAAGCACCUUCAGAUUUCGAACGUAUAUUGCAGCCUCAUGUGCCUGUUAUAAUGGAAGUUUGCAUGAAAAAUGCUACUGAAGUUGAGAGGCCGCUUGGUUAUAUGCAACUUCUUCGCACAAUGUUUCGUGCACUGACAGGAUGCAAAUUUGAACUUCUACUGCGAGACUUGAUUCCCAUGUUGCAACCCUGCCUAAAUAUGCUAUUGACUAUGCUUGAGGGCCCAACUGGAGAAGAUAUGAGGGACCUUUUGUUAGAGCUCUGCUUAACCUUGCCUGCACGCUUAAGCUCAUUGUUACCGUACCUUCCCCGUCUUAUGAAGCCUCUUGUUUUGUGUCUUAAAGGAAGCGAUGACCUUGUGAGUUUAGGUUUAAGAACACUUGAAUUUUGGGUAGAUAGUUUAAAUCCUGACUUCCUAGAACCUAGUAUGGCCAAUGUUAUGUCUGAGGUGAUUUUGGCUUUAUGGUCUCACUUGAGGCCUGCUCCCUAUCCUUGGGGUGCAAAAGCAUUGCAACUCCUUGGCAAGUUAGGUGGUCGUAACAGACGCUUUCUUAAAGAGCCCCUCGCCCUUGAGUGCAAGGAGAAUCCAGAGCAUGUGCUUCGCUUAAUUCUAACAUUUGAGCCUUCAACACCUUUUUUGGUGCCAUUGGAUCGAUGCAUAAAUCUUGCUGUAGCAGCUGCUGUGCAUAAAAAUGCUUCCAUGGACUCUUUCUACCGAAAUCGGGCUCUAAAGUUCCUUCGUGUUUGCUUAGCAUCUCAGCUUAAUUUGCCAGGAAAUGUUACUGCUGAAGAAUAUACAGCCAAGCAAUUGUCCACUUUGUUAGUUUCUGCUGUUGAUACAUCUUCGCGGAGGUCUGAGGCAUCAGACAUAAAGGCUGACUUAGGUGUAAAGACAAAGACCCAACUUUUGGCUGAGAAGUCUGUUUUCAAGAUUCUGUUAAUGACCAUCAUUGCGGCUGAUGCGGAACCAGAUGUUAAUGACCCUAAAGAUGAUUUUGUUUUCAAUGUUUGCCGCCAUUUUGCGAUGAUAUUUCAUAUAGAUACCUCCUCUGAAAAUGCUUCGAUUGUGACUUCUGCACUUGGGGGUUCUGUACUUUCCUCAAAUGUUAAUUUUAAUUCUAGGUCAAAGAAUGGCACUUGUUUGAACCUGAAAGAGUUGGACCCUUUAAUAUUUUUAGAUGCUUUAGUUGAUGUACUAGCGGAUGAAAACAGGCUCCAUGCCAGAGCUGCUCUUAAUGCUUUGAAUGUGUUUGCUGAAACACUAUUGUUCCUUGCUCGCUCAAAGCAUGCUGAUCUACUGAUGUCAAGAGGCCCAGGGACGCCUAUGAUUGUCUCUAGUCCCUCUAUGAAUCCUGUAUAUUCACCACCCCCAAGCGUUCGAAUUCCUGUCUUUGAGCAACUCUUACCCCGUCUUUUGCACUGUUGCUAUGGGAGUACAUGGCAAGCACAAAUGGGAGGGGUUAUGGGACUUGGUGCUUUGGUUGGAAAGGUCACUGUUGAAAUUUUAUGCCUUUUCCAAGUGAAAAUUGUGCGUGGGCUGGUAUAUGUUCUUAAAAGGCUUCCUAUUUAUGCCAGCAAAGAGCAAGAAGAGACAAGUCAAGUGCUUACACAGGUUCUUCGUGUGGUGAAUAAUGUUGAUGAAGCAAACAGUGAACCGCGCAAGCAAAGCUUUCAGGGAGUGGUUGAAUUUCUUGCUUCAGAGUUGUUCAACCCCAAUGCUUCUGUUAUUGUGCGAAAGAAUGUGCAGUCAUGUUUGGCGCUUUUGGCUAGUAGGACUGGUAGUGAGGUAUCCGAGUUGCUUGAACCUUUAUAUCAACCUUUGCUUCAGCCUCUUAUAAUGCGGCCUCUACGAACAAGAACUAUCGAUCAGCAGGUUGGGACAGUUACAGCUUUGAAUUUCUGCCUGGCCUUGAGGCCACCUCUACUCAAGUUGACUCAGGAAUUAGUGAAUUUUCUGCAAGAAGCAUUGCAAAUAGCUGAGGCUGACGAAACUGUGUGGGUUGUGAAGUUCAUGAAUCCAAAAGUGGCCACAUCAUUAAAUAAACUUCGAACAGCCUGCAUCGAGCUACUCUGUACAACAAUGGCUUGGGCAGAUUUUAAAACUCCAAAUCAUUCUGAAUUGCGUGCAAAGAUUAUUUCCAUGUUUUUUAAGUUAUUGACAUGUCGAACACCAGAAAUUGUUGCUGUUGCAAAGGAGGGCUUGCGACAGGUUAUUAAUCAAAGGAUACCAAAAGAUCUGUUGCAGAGUAGCCUCAGGCCUAUUUUAGUUAACUUGGCUCAUACCAAGAAUCUCAGCAUGCCUCUUCUGCAAGGCCUAGCUCGCCUGCUUGAGCUUUUAUCCAAUUGGUUUAAUGUUACCUUGGGUGGCAAGUUGUUAGAACACCUUAAGAAAUGGUUGGAGCCAGAAAAGCUUGCACAAAGUCAGAAGUCAUGGAAGGCUGGUGAAGAACCAAAAAUUGCAGCAGCUAUUAUUGAGCUUUUUCACCUGCUUCCUGUGGCUGCAUCGAAGUUUCUUGAUGAACUUGUAACCUUGACAAUUGAAUUGGAAGGAGCACUACCACCUGGACAAGUAUACAGUGAGAUUAACAGUCCAUAUCGUCUUCCACUCACUAAAUUUUUAAAUCGAUAUGCAACACUUGCUGUAGAUUAUUUUCUCGCCCGAUUAAGUGAACCAAAAUACUUCAGGCGGUGUAUGUAUAUAAUCCAAUCAGAUGCAGGCCAGCCCUUGAGAGAUGAACUUGCAAAGUCACCACAGAAGAUACUGGCAAGUGCCUUCCCUGAAUUUGUACCAAGAUCUGAUCUUGCUAUGACUCCAGGAACUUCAAGUACACCUGCUGCUGUAUUAGGUGAGGAAGGCCUUGUUACUCCACUACCUGAUACUUCUACUCCGGUAUCUGCCCCAUCUGGUGCAACUUCAGAUGCUUAUUUUCAGGGACUUGCACUUAUCAAAACGUUGGUCAAAUUAAUACCUGGCUGGUUACAGAGUAACCGUAUUGUCUUUGAUACCUUGGUACUUGUUUGGAAGUCACCUGCAAGAAUAUCUCGUUUGCAUAAUGAACAGGAGCUUAACUUAGUGCAAGUGAAAGAAAGCAAAUGGCUUGUCAAAUGCUUCCUGAAUUAUUUAAGGCAUGAUAAAACUGAAGUGAAUGUUCUUUUUGAUAUACUGUCCAUCUUCCUGUUUCAUAGUCGCAUCGACUAUACUUUUCUCAAGGAGUUCUAUAUCAUUGAGGUUGCAGAAGGUUAUGCGCCUAACAUGAAAAGAGAUCUUCUCUUGCACUUUUUGAACCUUUUCCAAUCAAAGCAACUUGCUCAUGAUCAUUUGGUGGUUGUAAUGCAAAUGCUUAUUCUCCCAAUGCUUGCUCACGCCUUCCAAAAUGACCAAAGUUGGGAGGUUGUUGACCCUUCUAUAAUAAAAACAAUUGUCGACAAACUUCUUGAUCCUCCAGAAGAGGUUUCUGCUGAGUAUGAUGAGCCUUUGAGAAUAGAACUUUUGCAGCUCGCCACUUUGCUUCUUAAGUACCUCCAAAAUGACCUUGUUCAUCAUAGGAAAGAGCUGAUAAAAUUUGGCUGGAAUCAUCUCAAACGUGAAGAUAGUGCCAGUAAGCAGUGGGCAUUUGUGAAUGUUUGCCACUUCCUGGAGGCCUAUCAGGCCCCAGAAAAAAUUAUUCUCCAGGUUUUUGUAGCACUUCUUAGAACUUGCCAACCAGAAAACAAAAUGCUAGUCAAGCAGGCCCUUGAUAUACUAAUGCCAGCACUACCUAGAAGGCUGCCUCUUGGAGAGUCUCGUAUGCCAAUUUGGAUACGGUACACGAAAAAGAUUCUGGUUGAGGAAGGUCACUCAAUUCCUAAUUUGAUUCACAUUUUCCAGCUCAUUGUUCGCCAUUCAGAUCUCUUCUACAGCUGCAGAGCACAAUUUGUACCGCAGAUGGUUAAUUCACUCAGUCGCCUUGGAUUGCCAUAUAACACCACAGCCGAAAACAGGCGUCUUGCCAUUGAACUUGCUGGAUUGGUGGUUGGUUGGGAAAGGCAAAGGCAAAAUGAAAUGAAAGUAGUAACUGAUAGCGAUGUAGCCAGCCAGCACAUUGAUGGAUUUAAUCCUGGUUCUGCUGUUGCUGAUCCUAAGCGAUCAGUGGAUGGGUCUACUUUCCCCGAAGAUUCAACAAAGCGAGUAAAAGUUGAGCCUAGUCUUCAAUCCCUCUGUGUCAUGUCCCCAGGUGGUGCAACAUCAAUAACGAACAUAGAAACCCCUGGAUCAGCUAGCCAACCUGAUGAAGAAUUCAAGCCAAAUGCUGCCAUGGAAGAAUUGAUUAUUAAUUUUCUCAUCAGGGUUGCCUUGGUCAUUGAGCCUAAGGAUAAGGAAGCAAAUAUAAUGUACAAACAAGCUUUGGAGCUACUUUCACAAGCAUUAGAAGUGUGGCCAAAUGCCAAUGUCAAAUUCAAUUAUUUAGAAAAGCUGCUGAGCAGUAUUCAACCAUCUCAGUCAAAGGACCCUUCCACAGCUCUUGCACAGGGCUUAGAUGUAAUGAACAAGGUUUUGGAGAAGCAGCCACAUUUGUUCAUUAGAAAUAACAUCAAUCAGAUUUCUCAAAUUCUUGAACCCUGUUUCAAGCAUAAAAUGUUAGAUGCUGGAAAGUCAUUGUGCUCCUUGUUGAAGAUGGUCUUUGUUGCUUUUCCCCUAGAAGCAGCCACUACUCCACCAGAUGUUAAACUAUUGUACCAGAAGGUUGACGAGCUGAUACAGAAGCAGAUUAAUUCUGUCACAGCUCCUCAAGCAUCGAAUGAAGAUAACACUGCCAAUUCAAUUAGCUUUGUGCUGCUUGUCGUUAAAACCUUGACAGAGGUACAGAAGAACAUUGUUGAUCCUAACAUCCUUGUUCGUAUCCUUCAACGCCUGGCACGAGAUAUGGGAUCAUCAGCAGGCUCUCAUCUGAGACAAGGCCAGCGAACCGAUCCUGAUUCUGCAGUCACUUCUUCUCGUCAAGGUGCCGAUAUUGGAGUAGUCAUCUCUAAUCUAAACUCUGUUUUGAAACUUAUAAGUGAGAGGGUCAUGCUUGUUCCAGAGUGCAAACGAUCCAUAACUCAGAUAUUGAAUGCCUUGCUCUCGGAGAAAGGCACUGAUUCUAGUGUGCUUCUUUGCAUACUUGAUGUGAUAAAAGGGUGGAUUGAAGAUGACUUCAGCAAGCCAGGCACAUCAGUCAUGUCAAGUUCAUUUCUCACUCCGAAGGAAAUAGUUUCGUUUCUUCAGAAGCUUUCACAAGUUGAUAAGCAAAACUUCUCCCCAAGUGCUUUGGAAGAGUGGGAUAGGAAAUAUCUACAGCUUCUUUACGGAAUAUGUGCUGAUUCAAAUAAAUUACCCCUGUCCCUGCGUCAAGAUGUGUUUCUGAAAGUGGAAAGGCAAUUCAUGCUUGGUUUACGGGCAAGAGAUCCAGAAAUUAGGAUGAAAUUCUUCUCACUUUAUCACGAAUCUCUUCAAAAGACACUGUUCACAAGGCUGCAAUACAUCAUCCAACUUCAGGAUUGGGAAGCUUUGAGUGAUGUCUUCUGGCUAAAACAAGGCCUUGAUCUGCUUCUUGCAAUCUUAGUUGAAGAUAAACCUAUUACACUGGCUCCGAACUCAGCUAGGGUGCCACCACUUGUGGUUGCAGGUCCUCUUACAGAUUGUUCUGGGAUGCAGGACCAGGUCCCUAAUAUUCCAGAAGGCUCUGAGGAAGCUCCUUUAACAUUUGAAGCUCUUGUUUUCAAGCAUGCGAAGUUUCUGAACGAGAUGAGCAAACUCAAGGUGGCUGAUCUUGUUAUUCCGUUGAGAGAGCUUGCUCAUACAGAUGCUAAUGUUGCAUACCAUUUGUGGGUGUUGGUAUUUCCCAUUGUCUGGGUGACAUUAAAUAAGGAGGAGCAGGUAGCACUAGCAAAACCAAUGAUAACUCUCCUAUCAAAAGACUAUCAUAAGAAGCAACAAGCCAGCAGGCCAAAUGUUGUGCAAGCACUCCUGGAGGGGCUUCAGUUGAGCCACCCUCAACCUCGGAUGCCCAGUGAGCUGAUCAAAUAUAUUGGAAAGACUUACAAUGCCUGGCACAUCGCAUUGGCUUUGCUGGAAAGUCAUGUCAUGUUGUUCAUGAAUGACACAAAGUGCUCUGAGUCUCUGGCUGAGCUUUAUCGCUUGCUUAAUGAAGAAGAUAUGAGGUGUGGGUUGUGGAAGAAAAGAUCAAUCACUGCAGAAACCAGGGCUGGGCUUUCUUUAGUUCAACAUGGUUACUGGCAGCGUGCUCAAAGUCUCUUCUACCAAGCCAUGGUUAAGGCCACUCAAGGCACAUAUAACAACACGGUACCUAAGGCUGAGAUGUGUCUUUGGGAAGAGCAAUGGCUUUAUUGUGCUAGUCAACUUAGUCAAUGGGAUGCACUGGUGGACUUUGGCAAGAGUAUUGAGAAUUAUGAAAUACUACUUGACAGUCUCUGGAAGUUGCCUGAUUGGGCAUAUAUGAAGGAUCAUGUAAUUCCGAAGGCUCAAGUAGAAGAAACUCCAAAACUUCGGUUGAUUCAAGCAUUUUUUGCUCUUCAUGAUAGAAACACAAAUGGUGUGGUGGAUGCUGAAAACAUGGUGGGGAAAGGUGUCGAUUUGGCUUUAGAACAAUGGUGGCAGUUGCCAGAAAUGUCUGUUCAUGCGAGGAUUCCUCUUUUGCAGCAAUUCCAGCAGCUAGUUGAAGUUCAAGAAUCAGCUAAAGUCCUUGUGGACAUUGCAAAUGGUAACAAACUUUCUGGUAGUUCUGUUGGCGUGCAUGGAAAUCUUUAUGCUGAUCUCAAAGACAUCCUUGAGACUUGGAGACUGAGAACUCCGAAUGAAUGGGAUAAUAUGUGUGUUUGGUACGAUUUGCUCCAAUGGAGAAAUGAAAUGUAUAAUGCUGUCAUAGAUGCGUUCAAAGACUUUAGCACCACAAAUUCACAACUUCAUCACCUUGGUUAUCGUGACAAAGCAUGGAACGUCAAUAGGCUUGCUCACAUUGCUCGUAAGCAAGGCCUUUAUGAUGUUUGUGUGACAAUACUCGAAAAGAUGUAUGGCCAUUCCACCAUGGAAGUGCAGGAGGCCUUUGUUAAGAUAAGAGAGCAGGCAAAGGCUCUUUUGGAAAUGAAGGGGGAGCUUACCAAUGGGCUUAAUCUGAUCAAUAGCACUAAUUUAGAAUAUUUUCCUGUGAAAAACAAGGCAGAAAUUUUCCGCCUAAAGGGGGAUUUCUUGCUAAAGUUAAAUGACUCUGAAAAUGCCAAUCUUGAGUAUUCUAAUGCUAUCACCCUUUUCAAGAAUUUGCCAAAAGGAUGGAUAAGUUGGGGAAAUUACUGUGACAUGGCUUAUAAAGAAACCAAUGAUGAAAUUUGGUUAGAAUAUGCUGUCAGCUGCUUUCUUCAAGGUAUUAAAUUUGGCGUGUCUAACUCAAGAAGUCAUCUAGCUCGUGUUCUGUAUCUUCUCAGCUUUGAUACUCCCAAUGAGCCUGUGGGGAAGUCAUUUGAUAAGUAUUAUGACCAAAUACCCCACUGGGUUUGGCUUUCUUGGAUUCCACAACUCUUACUAUCCCUGCAGAGGACAGAGGCUCCUCAUUGCAAACUUGUUCUGCUUAAAAUUGCCAGUGUCUAUCCACAGGCUCUGUAUUACUGGCUGAGAACAUAUUUGCUUGAACGGCGUGAUGUUGCAAAUAAGUCUGAAUUAAAUAGGGCAUUGGCCCAACAAAGAAUGCAGCAAGGUGUAUCGAGCACUGGUGCUGCUUCUCUUGGCUUGAAUGAUGGAAAUGCGAGAGGACAAGGUCAUGGUGUGUCCUCAGCCAGUCAAGUUCACCAAGGCUCUCAAUCUAGUGGUGGAAUUGGAUCCCAUGAUGGUGGAAACUCUCAUGGGCAGGAACCAGAACAGUCAGGUGUGGAGAGCAGUGUACAUGCAGGAAAUGACCAAGCUUUGCAACAAAGUACUUCAACCAUCAACGAAGGUAGUCAGAAUGCAUUAAGACGUAGUGGUGCUUUGGUAGCUUCUGCUGCUAGUGCUUUUGAUGCUGCAAAGGAUAUAAUGGAGGCUCUUAGAAGCAAGCACACAAAUUUAGCCAGUGAACUUGAGAUUCUGCUCACUGAAAUUGGUUCAAGAUUUGUAACUCUGCCAGAGGAGAGACUUCUGGCAGUGGUUAACGCGCUUCUCCACCGCUGUUACAAGUACCCAACUGCCACUACUGCAGAGGUCCCCCAAUCUCUCAAGAAAGAGCUGUCUGGUGUUUGUAGGGCUUGCUUCUCGGCAGAUGCUGUGAGUAAGCAUGUCGAUUUUGUGAGAGAAUACAAGCAGGAAUUUGAACGUGAUCUUGAUCCAGAAAGCACGACAACUUUCCCAGCCACCCUUUCUGAACUGACCGAACGAUUGAAACAUUGGAAAAAUGUUCUCCAGAGCAAUGUUGAGGACAGGUUUCCAGCUGUCUUGAAGCUGGAAGAGGAAAGCAGGGUGCUGCGUGACUUCCACGUUGUUGAUGUUGAGGUUCCCGGACAGUAUUUUAGCGAUCAGGAAAUUGCACCUGAUCAUACAGUGAAGUUAGACAGGAUCGGAGCUGAUAUACCGAUUGUGCGAAGACAUGGAAGUAGUUUCCGGCGUCUGACUCUAAUUGGCUCGGAUGGCUCUCAACGUCAUUUCAUUGUCCAGACAUCACUGACCCCUAAUGCUAGAAGUGAUGAACGCAUAUUGCAGCUUUUCAGGGUGAUGAACCAAAUGUUUGAUAAGCACAAGGAAUCAAGACGCCGUCACAUAUGCAUUCACACACCGAUUAUUAUUCCUGUUUGGUCACAGGUCCGCAUGGUAGAAGAUGAUUUGAUGUACAGCACCUUCCUUGAGGUGUAUGAGAACCACUGUGCAAGGAAUGACAGAGAGGCAGAUCUGCCCAUCACCUAUUUCAAGGAGCAAUUGAACCAAGCAAUAUCUGGCCAAAUCUCCCCAGAAGCUGUAGUAGAUCUUCGUCUCCAAGCUUAUACUGACAUAACAAGAACUCUUGUAACUGACAACAUUUUCUCCCAAUAUAUGUACAAGACUCUGCUGAGUGGCAACCAUAUGUGGGCUUUCAAAAAGCAAUUUGCCAUCCAAUUGGCCCUUUCAAGUUUCAUGUCUUUCAUGCUACAAAUUGGGGGAAGAUCCCCAAACAAGAUAUUAUUUGCCAAGAACACGGGGAAAAUAUUCCAGAACGAUUUUCAUCCUGCAUAUGAUGCAAAUGGAAUGAUCGAGUUCAAUGAACCCGUGCCUUUCCGUCUGACAAGGAACAUGCAAGCAUUCUUCUCCCAUUUUGGAGUGGAAGGCCUAAUAGUAUCUGCUAUGUGUGGUGCGGCGCAGGCUGUGGUUUCACCCAAACAAAGUCAGCAUCUAUGGCAUCAAUUAGCUAUGUUUUUCAGGGAUGAGCUGCUGUCUUGGUCUUGGAGAAGACCACUUGGCAUUCCCUUGGCCCCUAUUGCUGGAGGGAGCAGUACUAACCCCGUCGAAUUUAAACAGAAGGUCACAAUCAAUGUCGAGCAUGUAAUUAGCCGGAUUAAUGGAAUAUCCCCACAGUAUUUCUGUGAAGAGGAGGAGAAUACUGUGGACCCACCCCAGUCGGUGCAGAGGGGUGUCACUGAGCUGGUUGACGCUGCGUUGACCCCAAGGAACUUGUGCAUGAUGGAUCCUACAUGGCAUCCCUGGUUUUGAUUAAAUGGCCUGUGAUUAUUGAUUACUGGAGAUGGUGUAUAUAUAUAUAUAGGCAUCUUUUACAUUGUAAAAAAUAUUUAUCUUUUUCUUAUUAUUAUGCUCUUUCUAUUGGUAUCUUCUA